AUGAGUGGUUCUAAUUCGACAGUUUUUGGCCAGGGCAGGUGUCCAGCGCCGUUCCUUGAGGCAGAUCUCUUCCCAUCGACAGGUGGUUGUAUGUCUUGCAUACUCUCCGGUCCUUACCGAUGGAGAUUUUGCUCUACCACCUUGGGGGUCAUUUGCUGUUUGCCAUGUCCACAGACUGAAUGGCUUUACGGUGAAAGCAUCAACACCCUUACCGAAUCCGCAAAUUGGGUCAGUGUAGCGGCGAUGAUAUGUUCUAUAUACUUGUUGAUAUGCUUCGCAUUUCUGCCAGUCGAGAAGACCCAUAGGCACUACCUCAGUAUCUGCUUGGUUAUUGCUACAGUUUUGAUGCAGUUGGGUUUCAUUAUACCAUUAAGCGCAAACCCCGAUCAAUGCUAUAACGCAAUCACUCCGAACGAUAUGAGCACUAACUUUACUUGUGCGAUCUCCGGCGCAUUCAUAAUGGCUGGAGGCUGGUGCGGUGUGAUGUGGGUCUUCUUAAGGUCCCUCGCCUUACAUCUACAGAUCUGUUGGCAGGUGAUUAUUGGGAAGUCAUUCAUGUGGGGAGCUCUUGCUACUGGAUGGGGAAUACCGGCCAUUGCAUUAUGUUUUGGAAUGAUCUUUAGUGGUGUUUCCUUCCGAUUUGGAGAUACUUGCCACAUCAAUCACGAGAACAGUUUAGCGGACUUCUGGAUUCCUCUUCUAAUAUUUUCUGGCGCCACCGUUAUCAUCCAGUUCGUUACUUUCGGUUACUGCAUCAAAGUAUAUCUUUCAUCCCUCGCAGACGAUUCCAACACCACGGAAACUUCAGGAGUUCUCCCUUCGUACACUAACAGUGUACGCACUGUCUCACCACGACAAGCAUAUCGUAGAGUUCGCCGAGUGAUUGAGUUACAAUGGAGAGGUAUAGCUAUUGUACUAGUGAUUAUCGCUGAUGUCACAUUCUUUGCGAUUGUCUUUGUCUUCAUGGAUGAUUUAGAAACAAAUAUCCUCAAGGAUCCUACCAAGGCCGAGCAAUGGUUAACAUGUUUGGUCCGGACUGCUGGAGGUAAAGAAGAGUGUUUACCUUUAGCAAAAUCUCUAGUUGUGAACGAGGCUACCGUUGGUGCGGUCCUUGUCAUGCUGUCCUUCAAUGGCUUUUGGGCAGCAAUAUUCUUGGGAAGAAAGGCAAUGAUUACAGGCUGGUAUGAAAUGUACCGUGGAAAAAUAAAGCCCAACAAUGAAUUCAUCAGUGCCGAUGUUCACGCCUUCAAAGAUCCCAGGUCAUACGAAAUGCUUAGCAAGGAUCGAGAUCAACGCGACAGCAAGAACAUAGAGGCAUACGGAACUCCAGAUGCCGUCACUCCAAUUUCACCCGUUCGAAAAAGUGGUCGAGAAACACCAGACUACUUUGGCAGGGAAGCAAGAUAUAAAUCACCGUCACGUUCAUUUUCCAAACCCCAUCCACCACAAUCAUGGGAUUCUACCACAACAUAUGCUCCACCCAUGAAUUCAAACACCAACAAAUUCUAAUAUGGGUUCUACAUGUUUAUUUUAUUUAUUUUCGAGCAUUUUUUUAGCGAUGUUUCAUGCUGUCCCUCACAAAGGGUCAAACAGGAGUUUGGUGGCUUGGCGACUCGGCGGCUUGGCUAGGCGAUAGAGCGAGAAGAAAUAGAGAGCUCGGCUCGUCACCCCACGCGGGAUGAAAAGACUUUGGAUAGUCACCUACAUGAAUCAAGUCAGGAUACAAAAAGUACGAAACCUGGAACAAACCAUUUUUUCUUUGUCCAAGAAAAGGCCGGUCAGGUACGAAAGGGCUCCGAGCGGAUGGAUAGAAUUAUGGAGGGGGAUGGGGUACAAUGUGUUUGCAAUACCUAGAUACCCAUCAUAGACCAAAAUUAUCAUCGAACUUACUGGUUCGAGGGUACUAAUACUGCUACAGUUGUAGUAGGUAUACAUAGAGAUCUCGAGUCCCGAGAUCUCGGAUUAGGUAUGGGAUAUAUCCCGCCUAUGUAAUGACGAUCUGUACUUUAUUAGUAGUGUUUGUAUGUAUUAUGAUGACAUCAAAUAGAAAAUAUCUAAACCAGUUAUCUGAU